AUGGUCGGGCAGUUGCAAGCGCAACUGCAGAAGCAGCAGGCGGAGAAGCGGCAGGCAGCGGAGCCUGCUGAGGAUUUGGAUGGUGUAGCUUUAGAUGAGGAGCAGGAAGCUCAAGCAGAUGCCGAGCAGAUUCUGAAUGCACAAUCAGAGGUUAGUGCCGAAUCAGACAAGAAGAAGGCGGCCGGUUCCAAAGAGGCUGCCCUGCAACGCCUCCACUCAACCCACAACGAUGCUGCCCCUGCUGCCCCUGCUACCGCUGCUGCUGCCAGCAUGCAUGCACUGCCUGCUCCCCCCCCUGUGGCUGCUCCCUCUUUGGCUGCUCCCCCUUCGGAUGCUUCCCCGCCUGAAGUCAACUCGAAGACCCACAAGAAGGAGUACAUGAGACUGGAGCGGGCCGAGCUCCUCCGCCGGUGGGUGCAGAGUAAAGAGAACGUCCAGGCAUGUGAAUGCCUGAUCAAGGCCACGCGCCGGUCAACUUUGCAAGGCCAGAGAGUGGUUCAGUUAGUUGCCGUUAAAGACAUGGGCAAAGACCGCGACGCCCCUGGCAUCGUCGAAGAGACGAAGUACUGGGUGACCACUGCCGAGACUCGCACAGAUACCCUGGACAUCUCGCAGGAGCAUUCCAUGACGGUGAAUGCCACGGCCUCCCCGGAUGAUAUGUACAAUAUCAUGAAUGGCCCCGUUGUAGCAACCAGUGAGAUAAUUGGUGCAAAUGAGGGCCGAGGUGCUGAGAUGAAGAAGGAGAUUUCGACCAUCUCCGGCAUCCUCCUGGAUCUGCCGGACGAUGACCAGCUGAAGGAGGAUUUGGGCCAGAGCCAGGCAAAGCUGACCAAGCUGGCCAGGAAGCAUCUCGGCUCUGUUCAAGACCGCUACGACGAGCGAUGCGAUGGACCCCCUGUGUCACAGGAUCUGGGACACUGUGAUAUCUAUGGUAGCAAUGCCCUGGCUGGUUUUGAGUCGCGGGCUCUGCGCGAAAACGAAUUCCAUCAAAGAAUCAGAGCUCUGGGUGUUGCUCAUCAGUUCGAUGUGUCGUGGAAGAACAUACCGGUGCUGAAAGAGACACCUGGAGAAGCUGGUUUUAUGGCUAUCGAGCCCUGGCCUGUGAUUCUGCCCAGCACCAUUGCCCCCUACCAGCAUUACGGGGUUUUCCAUUUCCACUGUGUGGCCUACAAGGGAGAUAUGAAAUACCUUGUCCAAUCCUUGAAUUUGCAGCGACAUGCUACGCGGGAGGAGGCCAGCAAACCCGUUACAACCAACUCCCUCCAUAGGUUUGGCCCGGUGAGCGUUUAA